AUGGAGUCUGAAGAGCUUCUGGCUGGUGGUGGAUGUCAAGAGCAUCAAGAACCUGGCCCCGCUGUGACUCGAAGUGGCUCCCAAGCCCAGGAUGGCCCGGCGGCGCCGUUGUCACGAUGGAAUCGGGCGGAUCUGGCCCUCCGCAAGGCGUGCCAAAACGCCGACCUUUUUGCAAUGCGAUUUGCUUUGGCGCGAGGUGCCGGCAUGUGCGCAGACAAAAGUGGCAAAACAGCCCUCCACUAUGCCACACGCGUCGGGUUCUACGAAGGCGUCCGCGAGCUACUGGUGCAAGGCUUCGAUCCUAACAUCAUAGACUGCCAUGGUGGGCGGCCAGUUGAUGAAGCAGAAACUUGGAGCGCAAAGGCUUCAAACGCGGCGCAGCGCAAAGCCUGCCUGGACUGUCGUGACUGCCUUGUGAGUUUCCAUGGUCGUCGCUGUGACCCACAUGAGCGAGAUGAUACGGCAACUUUUCUACAUCGGCGACGCUCUCUUCAAGACAUGGUGAGAAACCGCGAUGGGCAACAUGCUCACAUUCCCUGGGAGGAUGAUCUGGAUCGCUUGGACGUAUUGCUGAAUGCGUCUGGUGGUUCUGCUGCAGCUAGUUCCGCCAGCACGGGCCGUGCUACAGCGUUCAACGUCACGUCCAGCACCGCCAGUACCGCUCCUGGCCCUCCCUUCGGGCCUGUUUCUGGUAUGAUGUUUGAGCAUGUGGCACCCCGCGCUCCCAGCGCAAACACCACAAGCGCUGCCGCAGGCACGCGUCCGCCAAAGAAAGCGGCGCAGCGACAAAGGCUUUGGGGUGAUGUUGUGUCCGCGUACAAGUACAAGAACCUGCAUGUUCGAAAGUCCUCUACGGCAGAUGCGACACCAAUUGAGCCAGUGGAUCCGAGGAACGAGACGGUGUACCUGUGUUCAGGCCUGGCCUUCACAGAAACUACCCUGGGCAGCGCCACGUCGAGUGUCCAACAGGACCUGAGCUUCGGGCGGCUGCUUCUGGCAUGCUCUGGCCCAGCAAAUGACAAAGGGGAGGAGGCUGUCGCCAAGCUGGAAAUUGGAAGCAAUGUGCAGUGGAGGCUGACGCAGGUCAAUCUUGAUGCCGGUGGGCGGAGCCUUCUGCGAAUUGGAGGGCCUGUCUACUUAGGUAGCGCGCUCUUCAUCUCAGGUCCCGAGGGCAUCGUGCAGCUGCAGAAUGCCAGUGUGGCAUCCCUCUCGGUGAACUUGGGCGGUGGCUACCUGCACCUGCAGAACAUGGACUUCGGGAGCGCCAGGUUCACAUUGGCGGAUACCAGCCUGUACCUGUAUGCCGCGGCCGAUAUGCCAGGGUUCGACCUCACCAUCAGGUCUGUGUCCGAUGGCGAUGAUGAUGAUGUCUUACAGAGCGAAGCGCCAUCUUCUCUCUGCAUGUCAUCUGCAACGGGCGUACCUGAAGCAGGGAAUGUGACUCUCCUGAAAAAGGGCACGGCGCAGCAGACCUAUCGAUUUGGGAGUGGCCCUUCCUAUCGCUCAGUGAUUGUGACACGUGACAUCCAAGCUGCUGAUAAUCGCUUGUUUGUGUCACACGGCGUCGUGCGGUCUGAGCGGAGCUGCAACAACACCCUUGAUACUCUCAAGGGCCAGCUCCGCCCCCAACUCGGGCCGAGCUUUACGAAGUGGGCUCAGACGAUGGCGGAUCUGCAAGUAGAGACCUUGCGGCUCCAUAUGGUUGGACCGGCUUUGGGAAAUCACCUGCAGGACAUGAGCGCGAGAGGCUCCUGGAUCUAUUCCCGCUAUGGUACCACACUGAUGUGGUUUCCGCUCGUGCUCUUCCAGGUCUUUACUGCUGGACUCUACGCCCCCGCUACCGUCCGACAUGCCUCCCUGGUAAAUGCGGGCCACUGCCUCACGGAGGAGCAACGCCUCCUCGCGCAAACCCCGGACUGUGCAGAUCAGGAGCCCACCAGCACGAGCCUGCGGGUCCUGGCAUUGGAAGAUAGCCUCCAAGCUCUUCUGCAUUCUCUUCCAAGUGGACUCCUUGCCCCGACGGUUCCAAACAGCCAAGUGCUGUACGUCGAGGAAGGGACUGCAAAGCGGGAAGUGUAUUUUCCUUCUUUUGCUGAUGGCUUGGUGGAUACCUUCUCCUUGACACGUGGGACGUACGUGAAGCAGGUGCGGAACGAUCCCUCCUUUCUGCGGGGCUUGCUGGGACUUCUCUUCCUGAUUGCGCUUUUCUUCCUGGCGGUCAUGGGUGCACUGUUUGGAUCGCAGCUCUUCGCUAUGAUCUACAAGGUGGAGAACGACAGGUUCACAAGGCUGAAAGGCAGACUGCUGCGGAAGAAGUUCCUCUCAGCGGAGAAGACCGAAGACAGCACCUCCCCUGAAACCGAGCAGAUGGAGCUGGUGGAGUUGGAGGCCAAAUGGGCGGGAGCGCUCUCCAUCCUGGAAUACCUCUUCCUCCGAGUUCCUGCUGGCUUCAAGGAUGUCAGCCUCAUGGACCUGUGCAAGGUCGUCGUGAUGCAAUUUGCAGUCAUGCAACUGAUGGUGUUGCCACUUGCCCUUUCUGCUUACCACCAUUUGAUCUUCGAGGAUGAGAUGGCAAAACAACUCUGUUCCUUCACGGACUACGUGCAGGGCAGGUGUUUUGUGGUGAAUCCAGGGCUGUCCUCGAGCCUGUUCGUGGCGGCCAUAAUCCUGGAUGCUCUGCUGUUACUAAACACGCUCUUCGAGUACUUUUUACGCGCUGAGCAAGUGAAGUGGGUCACCAGCGAGGCUCCCUCACGAGGUCGACACCUGGCUCUCCUGAAAGUGGGAAACAGCUGGUGUUACCUGCUUCUCAUUUGUGGCUGCAUGUUUCUUGGGGUGGCUCUUUGUUUGAGCUAUGGGAUGUUGGUUCUACACUUUGUGGCGCUCUCUGCGCUGCUGAAGCCCGCGGUUAUGGCGCCCGUGCUUGCUAUGUUGGCCAGCGCCUGCGGCGUUGCGCAACUCGUGACGGUUCAGAUGAAACAGCUGGUCGAAAAGGCCAAGGCUUGGGUCCAGGACUUGGUGUCCAAAUCCAAGGAGGACCUUGCCAAGUUGGAGCGGGAGAUUGGUGAGGUGCCCGAUGAACGAGGCGAGGCUGGGACCAAAGCGGACGAGCCCGACCCUGCGGACACCGAUGCCAACUUUAGUGAGGAUGCGAAGGAUGUGGAAGAUCACCUCCUGGUACUCUUGGGCCUGUGCCGUGGUCAACUGCUGCUGCUGCAAGUGGAGGCGGUGCUGCUUUUCCUAGGAGUGAGCGCCUUCCUCCUGGUGGGAGUCAUGCUUUUCCUUGGACCGGAUGCCUGGAUCGCACAGCUCAGCGCGAACGCCGCCACCUUGGGCGCGGCCUUCGUUGCAAUCCAGUCGCAGGUGGGAAAAAUUCAAAAAACAGACUACGCCAAGAUGCAAAAGAUCUUGGAAGAUGCCGCGGCCGGCCUCAAGAAGGACAAGAAAAAGACGCAGUAG